GGGGUACUUGGCUUUGUGUGGUAGAAGCACUGGAGGCAAAGUAUAGCGUUAUUGUCGGCUCAAGUACGGGAAAUCUCAUUCACGCUUCUGCCGCUAAGAUUCUCGAGCCAAUGCUUGCGGCAUCAUUACCAACACCGUAAGGUAUUUCGUCUCGACGACAUCUUGCAUCGCCAAUUGGCCUCGAAUCGUCACACAAACGGCCAUGGCGACAAGCAUUUCUCGAAGCAGGGCGUUGGCCUCAGCUCUGCGACCCGCGAGGCCCUCCGUCCAGCUCCGUAACGACCAGGCAAUCCGUUGCUUGUCCAGCACUGCCCGUCAAUAUGUCGCAAUGCCGAAGGAGUCUCCCAACCUGCGAAAGGCCCCUCGAGAUCACCCCAGCGUCCUGAAGGCCCCGAUCGUCAACCCUGCCGACAAAUACCAGAGCAAGUCCGACAACAUGCACCGUUAUGGUGCCUGGUUGAUGGGUACUCUGCCCAAGUACAUCCAGCAGUUCUCCGUCUGGAAGGACGAACUCACCAUCUAUAUCUCCCCCUCGGGUGUCUACCCUGUCUUCAGCUUCUUGAAAUACAACACUGCCGCUGAGUUCACCCAGGUUAGCACUAUCACUGCUGCGGAUUACCCCACGCGCGAGAACCGUUUCGAAAUCGUCUACAACCUUCUUUCGGUCCGUCACAACUCUCGAAUUCGUGUCAAGACCUACGCCGAUGAGGCUUCUCCUGUCCCCAGUGUUACCGGACUUUUUGAUGGUGCCAACUGGUACGAACGAGAGGUGUACGACCUUUUCGGUGUCUUCUUUGCCGGUCACCCCGAUCUCCGACGAAUCAUGACCGAUUAUGGUUUCGAGGGUCACCCUCUGCGAAAGGACUUCCCCUUGACUGGUUACACUGAGAUCCGAUACGAUGAGGAGAAGAAGCGUAUCGUCACCGAGCCUCUGGAGCUCACUCAGGCCUUCCGUAACUUUGAGGGUGGUUCCAGUGCGUGGGAGCCCGUUGGAGCCGGACAGGACCGCACACCCGAGUCUUUCAAGCUGCCAACGCCUAAGCCUGAGGAGAAGAAGGAGGAGCCGAAGAAAUAAAAGGGUCCAUGUUCACCCCAAGCUGUAUAAGAUCCAAUGUCAUUUGUUAGAAAUAUCACCUGGUUUUAGCAUCCAUCCAAUCCAACCCGUAUAUCCGCCCAUCUAUUUUGGUGGUGCAGUCGUCAUCCAUAGUG